AUGUCGGACGAAACCCCCCUGGAGCCGAUAUGCUCCAAUCAAAGCGGCGAUCAUAUCGAGAAGCUACCUGCGUUGACAGCCACAGACAGUAUUAGUAUGUCACUCGACCAAUCCGUGCGGACAUUCCGACUUUUUGAGAUUUUGAGGAGUGGAGAUACAACCGCGAUAUCAAAAGCUAUUAAAGAGACCAAGGAUCCUCAAGGAGCAAACGGCCUCUCUGGGACCUCGAUACUUCACCUGGCGAUUCAGUGCGCCGAACCGCAAGUUGUCGAAUAUAUUCUUUCUAGUGGGUAUGAGCUCGACAUCAAUGCGCGCGACCGGGAUGGCAAUACGCCUCUCCAUCUCGCUGCGCAGCUUGGAAGAGGAACUCUGGUCCGUGAGCUACUAAAUACCCUGUCUGUCAAUGACUCAAUUGUCAAUUACCGAGGCCAAACAGCUCUCGAUGUCGCCCGCACACCGGAGAUUUUCCAGCAGCUUCAACUUGCACGGUCCCUUUUCAUUGACAGCAAGUCGCAAGAGAUUCAAUCACUCAUAUCCCAAGGUGAUUAUGAAAAGCUGGAGAAAGUGCUGGAAGAGCCACGUGUUGAAGGAAUAAUGGAUGUCAACAAUUUGGACUUAGUAACUGAUCCUGCCACUGCCCAGUCUGGUGGUACGUUGCUGCAUGAAGGAGCCAGGAAGAAAGAUACGAAACUCAUCCAGAUAUUGUUGAUGCAUGGGGCGGACCCCUUUCGUCGUGACAAGAAAGGUAAAUUGCCACAGGAUGUCACAAAGGAUGACAGAACGCGGGCAAUCGUCAAGAAGUCUCCCGCUGCUGUAAUCGCCCAGCGCGGCAUACAAGAGAAAGCCAUUCUUGGGACCAACCCGGGCCAAGCCGUUUCCGGGCGAGCCAGCGUAGGAGAUACGUCUUUUGCGGGGAAAGAUUCCCGUGAAAUGAGAGGAUACCUGAAGAAAUGGACAAACUAUACUAGUGGCUAUAAACUGCGAUGGUUUGUACUCGAAGACGGCGUUCUUAGCUAUUAUAAACAUCAAGAUGACGCCGGGUCUGCAUGUCGUGGUGCGAUCAAUAUGAAGAUCGCUAAACUGAACAUGGACUCACAGGACAAGACUCGGUUUGAAAUCCAUGGCAAAUCGUCUGUUAAAUACCAUCUUAAAGCGAAUCAUGUUGUCGAGGCAAAGCGUUGGUUUUGGACUCUUAACAAUGCCAUACAGUGGGCAAAAGAUGAAGCAAGAGAGGAAGAGAGACGCCAAUCUCGACAUGCUGAGGUGCUCCGUCAAGCGAAAAUCGAACAAAUUGAGGGCCGAACAGCCGAUAGCUCAUCCGAUUCACCCAGCCUUGUUGCUACCAAGUCCAACGGAAAAGGUCUUGCUGCCACAUCCCUAGGUGUUCCCAGUAGUAGUGGCACAAGGCUUAGCACACAAGCGUCUUACACAACGCUGGAGAGUAUGCCUGCGGAUGAGGAGGGCUCCCUCCAUGGGUCGUACGAACAAGGUGCUUUACAGAAUGAAGUAAAUCGAGUUGCCAGCCAUAUAACCACUGCGCCUGAAGGUGAGGGCGAUGAUGACGACUAUGGUGACUACGCAUCUAGCCGAGAGGUUCCAACGGCUGAUAAAGAUGCUCUGAACAUCACCGCACAAUCUGCAAACCUUCAACUUGAUAUUCUCGCGAGUGUUGCGUCCUCACUGCAAGCCGAAAAAUCGAAGAACCCAAGUCUAUUACUUUCGGACCCGGCAGUGAAUCAGGCGCUGGCUGCGUAUGAAGCAGCCGUGAGUAGUCUCCAGGGGCUAGUGCAAAGUCUCCUCAAAAUAUCUCGGGAUCGUGAUGCCUACUGGCAGUAUCGAUUGAAUAGGGAGGCACAUCUCCGCAAAAUGUGGGAGGAGAGCAUGGCACGAGUUGCACAGGAACAUGAAGAGUUACAGUCAAGGAUGGGGGAGUCUGAAGAGAAGCGCCGGCGUACGAAGCGUGCCCUCAAAGAGGCACUAGAGAACUCGUCAGCAACUACUAGUCGCGCUGUCAGUAAAGCGCCGUCUCACAUGGCAACUACAGGUGAAGAAAGCGACGAUGCUGGUGAACAUUGGGAGACACGGGUUCUAAAGGCUGAGAAACCUCCUCAGCUGGACGAGCAAAAUGUUGGGCAACCUCUUCGUCGUAAGAAGUCGACUCUUUCUCAAAUUAGCGAUCUCUAUGACUCGGCUUCGGAUGACGAGGAUGAAUUUUUCGACGCGAUCGACUCGGGCGGCAUCAAAGUAGAAAAGCUAGCAUCUGCAGAAGAAAGCGAAAAGAAGCCGAAGCCAAUAGAGGAAAGCACUGAACUGCGGGCAUCAAAACGCUGGGAAAUAACACCUUCAUUCAAAGGAUAUGAGGAACCUAUAAGAACGAAACUGAAGUUGGAUUAUGACAAUCGGCCAAAGAUAUCAUUAUGGGGCAUUUUGAAAUCCAUGAUUGGUAAGGACAUGACCAAGAUGACUCUGCCGGUUUCUUUUAACGAACCAACGUCCUUGCUACAACGGGUGGCCGAAGAUUUGGAGUAUGCAGAUCUUCUUGAUGUGGCUGCUGAUCGAACUAAUUCGAUGGAACGCAUGGUGUACGUUGCUACAUAUGCAGCAAGUGAGUACGCUUCGACAAUUGGCCGUGUUGCCAAACCAUUCAACCCUCUUUUGGGAGAGACAUAUGAGUAUGCCAGGCCCGAUAAAGGCUACCGAUUCUUCGUUGAACAGGUCAGCCACCACCCGCCGAUUGGUGCCGCAUGGGCCGAAUCACCGAAGUGGGAUUACUAUGGUGAAUCAGCUCUCAAGUCUAAGUUCUACGGUAAAUCAUUCGACAUCAACCUACUUGGGACCUGGUUCUUGAAGUUACGUUCUGCAUCGGGCGGGGAAGAGCUCUACACGUGGAAAAAAGUCACCUCAUCUGUCAUUGGUAUCAUUACUGGUAACCCGACGGUCGACAAUUAUGGGUUAAUGGAAAUCAAGAACUGGACUACUGGCGAGGUCUGCUACCUUGAUUUCAAGCCAAGGGGCUGGAAAGCUUCGUCUGCCUAUCAGGUGACCGGUAAGAUCAUAGACCAGAGUGGAUCCCCAAAAUGGAGCAUUGGAGGUCGCUGGAACGACAAAAUCUUUGCCCGCCAUACACCUGGGUAUGAGGUGGACGUCUCUGGUCAAGACCCCGAGUCAUCUAAGACGUUCCUGGUGUGGAAAUGUCACUCUCGACCAAGCGAUAUCCCGUUCAAUCUGACGCCUUUCGUCAUCACAUUGAAUGACCUUCCCGAUGGUCUGAAGCAAUAUCUACCGCCGACUGACACCCGACUUCGACCUGAUCAACGGGCAAUGGAGGAGGGAGAGUACGACCUUGCCGCCAACGAAAAACACCGACUCGAAGAGAAGCAACGGGCCAAGCGAAGAGAGAGGGAGACCAAAGGGGAGGAGUAUCAACCCAAGUUUUUCACUCGGACAAAGUGUACGGUUACCGGUGAAGAGCCAGAUCCAUACUCCACCACAAUGACUGGAGGAUAUACUUGUGGACGUUGUCUACAGGUUCUCCGACGAAGAGUUGCGACCAAUGGCUUUACAAUCCGACUACAGACAACUUACAACUCCCGGCGGAUAUACGGGCCCUCCGUCUCUCUCGUGCGAAGCUUUGGCUCGCGGAGCAACAAUUGUUGCACACCCAAAAGCCUCCAAGGACACACCAAGCGGACCUCUACGCCAUCGGUGUGUACUUCACAGGACGCACCUCACACAGUCCAGCAAAGUAUGCAGCGGGCCACGUCUGCAACAUCGACUUACUCGCCAGAGUCACGGGCCUUACUGAAGCCAAACAACCUGUUCCAUCCUUUUUCUCAGUCGCCUUCACCUUCGAUUCGGCAGCGUGCUGCUUUUAUAAAACAAAAUGCCUUUUGCCCUCAUCCAAGUCACCAACAGACCCGCGCGCCAGUCUCGCCACACGACCCUGAGUCGCGAAAGAGCCUGGAAAGUGCGAGCCCGCCGGCCCAUUCGCAUUUCGAAUGCCCUGACUGCGGUGUCCCUAUCUACUGUUCGGAAGGGCAUUGGAUGGAUGAUUUCGAGGCACACCUGGAAAUUUGUGAGACUAUUAGACAGAUAAACGAGGAUGAUCAUGAUCUGCACUCGGGACGGUUUUUCCCGGAGUUUUCUUAUCCGGGCCUUCAGGAUGAUAACUUCGUCAUCAACAUGACGAAUUGGGAUACUUUCCUGUAUACACGAGAGUUUGAUGCGAUCAACCACGACCGGAGCAUGCGACAAGUGACUAGGAUGCUCACUUAUCCACUUACAAUUGGGAGUGUCUUGCACGAGCUGAGCCCUUAUGGUGUUCGGAAAGGUGGUAGGCUUACUGUCGAGGGACUGAAGAGUGUCAGCGCGCUUCGAUACUCGUUGCACCCCCCCAAGACCGGGGAAGGAGUCGAUAUUCAAGGACUACGCUUGAAAGCCCCACCUGUGAGGAUUUUCAUUCUGGGAGCGCGCGCCGAAUCCUCCCUGCCUCGUGAAGUGUGGCUUCAGCUAAGUUACAUAUUCCCACGAUCCCUCAUUCAUUUAAUAUUUAUUGGGCCAGAGAGUAUGGCCAACCGAGACGCUGAAUUUCCGCUUCCUGAACGGACGCCUGAGAACCCAUUUGGAGGGAUCGUUGAAGACAGACUUGGUGGGCAGCUGAAGAUUACGACAUAUGUCGACUACUUCCAUACAAUGUACAAAGCGCAAUAUUUCCAGCCGUUCGAUCCAUACCUAGAUUGCAUCAUGCUCUUCCAUCCUGGUCUAGGGCAUCCAGCAAGCUCUCAUGAAUGGGAAGAAACCCUGCCACAGCUACUUGAGACCAAGGUCCCGAUUAUCAGCACUGGAUAUACGCAGUGGGAUAUGGAAAGGGACAUCAACUGGGUUCAUGAGAAAUGUGCCGGUGAAUUCGAUAUGUUACUCGAACCGGGCGAAAACAUCUUUCGCAGUCUGAGGUGGGAUCUUAAUGACUUGGAUCCUCAUGAUAUUUCCUGCGGAAAUUGGGGACUCUGGGCAUUUAGAGGGAAAAGAUAUGAGGCGACUUUCAGGGGCUAA